AGUCAUACGUAGAAAAAGAGAGAUCGAAUAGUGAGAAUAGGAGAAGGGAAGGAUGGAAGACGCAGAUGUGUCGAGGCAGAUUCAGCAGAUGGCGAGCUUCAUCCGUCAGGAGGCGGAGGAGAAAGCUAACGAGAUCUCUGUGUCUGCCGAGGAGGAGUUUAACAUCGAGAAAUUACAAUUAGUGGAAGCUGCAAGGAAAAAGGUUAGGCAAGAGUAUGAGCGGAAGUCGAAGCAGGUGGAGAUUCGUAAGAAAAUUGAAUACUCUACGCAGCUGAAUGCAUCCCGUAUAAAAGUUCUUCAAGCACAAGAUGAUGUGGUGAAUUCCAUGAAAGAAUCUGCUGGCAAGGAACUUUUGCGUGUUUCGGACGACACCAACGCAUACAAAAAGCUUCUAACAGCCUUGAUUGUUCAGAGCUUGCUACGGCUGAAGGAGCCGGCAGUAUUGCUGCGGGGCAGAGAGGCUGACCGAAAGCUUGUUGAGUCAAUAUUGAAGGAAGCAAAACGAGAGUAUUCUGAGAAGGCCAAAGUGCAAGCCCUUAAAGUUACUCUUGACACUCGAGUGUACCUCCCUCCUCCUCCUCCAACUGGAGUGGAUUCCCAUGAACCCUUUUGCUCGGGUGGAGUUGUCUUGGCUUCGCAAGAUGGGAAGAUUGUUUGUGAGAACACCCUUGAUGCACGGUUGGACGUCGUUUUCCGACAGAAACUGCCCGAGAUCCGGAAGGGCCUUUUAGGGUGAAGUUGGUGAUCAGCAUAUGAUCAUUCUUCGCAAGUGUUUGAUGGAAGGAGAUAGUGCAUAGUCUCCAGUCAGUUUUGUACCUCUCUGGGAAUAAGUAGUAUUUGACUCUGAUUUGUUCAGUAUUAAUUUGGAAAAGUAAUGGCUAUACAUGCAGCUUCCUUUUAAAUUCUUACGUUCUUUCAU